UGUUGGGCCUUUUCUUCUCUCUCUCUCUUUUUGUUGUUGUCGUCUCCAAACUCUCAAUUGAUGAGAAGAGGAAGAAGAGAAGGGCCGGCAGGGAGUAGAAGAGGGAGAUGAGAGCUUGUUUCAUCAAAGAAAUGGAGGGACGGAAGGAUCACUGAUAAAGGAAGAGUUCCUUGAUUUGUUUGUUUGUUUGUUUAUGUAUACUUCCUCUCUCUCUCUCUCCCUUGAAACUGUUUGAUUAGUUUUCAUGGAAAUUUUGGGGGUUUCUUCUCUUCUCUUUUGUCAUAUAGAAAGAGUCAAAGGAAGGGAAUUCUAUUUGAACUCGUCGAGAGACUGAGGAAGAAGAAAGCUAGCUAGCUAGCUAGCGCCGUCAAUUAGGUAGAGAAAAAAAAAGUCCCCUUGUUUUUAGAAAAUGGCAUCAGCUUCCUCGUCGUCACCCUUCCUGGGAAUCAGAGAUCAAGAGGAGGAGCUCCAAAAUCAAAUGAAGACACCAACAACACCACUUCAGUUUCAUCAGCCGCCGCGAUCUUCUUCUCCAACGUCGGCCACCGCCGUUCCUGCAGUGAAGAAGAGAAGGAACCAGCCCCGGGAUCCAACAGAUCCUGACGCGGAGGUGAUCGCCCUGUCUCCGACCACGCUGCUGGCGACCAACCGCUUCGUUUGCGAGGUGUGCAACAAGGGGUUCCAGCGGGAGCAGAACCUGCAGCUCCACCGGCGCGGCCACAACCUGCCGUGGAAGCUCCGGCUGAAGAGCUCCAAGGAGCCGCCGCGGCGCCGGGUGUACCUCUGCCCCGAGCCCUCCUGCGUCCACCACGACCCCUCCCGCGCCCUCGGCGACCUCACCGGCAUCAAGAAGCACUUCUGCCGCAAGCACGGCGAGAAGAAGUGGAAGUGCGACAAGUGCGCCAAGCGCUACGCCGUCCCCUCCGACCUCAAGGCCCACGCCAAGACCUGCGGCACCCGCGAGUACCGCUGCGACUGCGGCACCCUCUUCUCCAGGCGUGAUAGCUUCAUCACGCAUCGGGCUUUCUGCGACGUGCUCGCGCAGGAGAGCACGAGAUUGCCGAACGCGGCCGGCAUCGGCGGUCACCUCUACGGAAGCAACAUGAUGGCUAUGAAUCUAUGUCAGGUGAACUCGCAAUUGCUCUCGUCGCUUCAAGAGCAGAACAACGAUGCGUCGUCAUCGGCGGCGGCGGCCGGUGCACAAUUUAGACAGCUUGUCAAUCCUCCGGCCCAGUUUCGGGCGCCGGCGCCUGCGAACUUCUACCUCGGUAAUGGUUCCAACGUCGUCCAGGACUUCGACAUGGAGGAGCAUUCCUUGCUACAGAGAAAACCUUUCCAUGGCCUGAUGCAACUCCCGGAUCUCCACGGCAAUUCUUCUUCCGGUAACUUGUUCGACCUCAGCUUCUUCUCCAAUAGCGGCGCCGUCGAGGGCUGCAGUGCCGAUCCGGCCAUGAUGUUCUCUAGCAGUCUGGUUGCGGACCACGCCGGUGGAGCGAUGGCUUCUUCUUCUCUCUACAACGCCGACUCGUCGACGUCGGCUCACCCGCGGAUGUCCGCCACUUCACUGCUCCAGAAAGCAGCUCAAAUGGGCUCCAUCGAGACCAGCGGCGGCGCCGCCGCAGGUGGAUCCUUGCCACUGGCAGGAUUCGGCGUCGCUGGCAACCCCAGGCCGCCGCCACACUUCGGUGGCAGCUUCAACACCGGCGACGCCUUUCACACCGACAUGGACAACGCAACCAGCCUCCAAAACAUAAUGAACGCGCUGGCAAAUGGAAGCGCCGGCGCCGGCCUAUUCGGCUGCAGCGCGCCGUUCGUGGAAAGCGGGCCACGGCAUGAGGCUGCAGUGGUGGAAUUAAGCAGCUUCGGCGGCGGACUGGACGCUCCCGACGACGCCGAGUUCAACCUCGCCGCCGGCGGCCUCGCAGGCCCCGAUCAUCUGACUAGAGACUUCCUCGGAGUAGGCCGCACGGUGAGGACCGCCAGCGCCGGCCCGAUGUCUCGACGGGAACUGAAUCACGGCACGGACAUGUGUGCGUUUGAUCCCAAAUGAGCAAAGGAAGAGGAAAACAAGACAAAUUGAAAAAGAAAAAAAAAAGAAGAAGCAUACACAGUUCAAUCUGUUGUGAUGAAUCCAACAACUGCGUUUGAUGUUCAAUUCGUAGGAUACAAAACCCUAAAUGUUACUUGAUUGACUCAUAACUUUCUUUGACA